UUGUCACUUCCAUGCGAUCCGCAAAACGGAUCAGUUGUUCUCAACUCGUUUGUCUGUACGGACGUUUGUUGAAUUUAAGGAAAAUUUGAAAAACAGAUUUGGGUGAAACUUUAAGAGUUAAGAGUUUCAAAAUUCAUCAAGUGUUCUUCUUAUGAAAGCGAAGCAUAUUGUGUAAUGUGAUCGUUGCGAGUUCUAUUUGUUUUGUGGCAUCUUGUGUGAUCUCGGAAGAUUUAGGAGAUCAGUUUUCGUGACGGUCGGAAAACGGAUAUCAAAUGUCGAGUAUUUACGAUUUAAUGAGCUGAAGAAGAAGCACUAUAUCAGUUUUUGUGGUAUUCAUACCUAAGAGUGUGCAUUUUUUUCUGUUGAGAGAAGUAAGAUACACUUCCGGUGAAGAUCUUGUAGCGAAAGGAAGUGCCCAGUGUUAACCAGAACAAACAGAACUGAUGUUAGCGAGUGUGUAGAUUUUUUUUGUUGGAAAGUAAAGCGAAAAUUUUCAUCGAUCGUCAUCAUGGUACGCAGUUUAUCGCAGUGGACCAAGACCCUCAGCUUCCCAGCACGCAUAUCGCCAAACCGGAACUCGAAGGAGUGCAACGUUAACGUGUUGCCAAUAACACCGCCUCCGGCACCUCCACGGAACAAAUCGGCGACCACUUCGACAACUUCUUCGUCUUCAUCUACCAUCUCGUCGCCUUCACCACCGCCGAAUGUUCCGAUAACGGAAAUCAGUCAAAUUAUUUAUCCGGACCCGGAAUCGGAGAAGGCCAUCAUGGGAUCGCUGGUGUUCUGUAUUCAUCACAAGCAAGGCUGCAAAUGGUCAGACGAGCUGCGCAAACUGAAGGCUCACUUAAACACCUGCAAGCAUGAUGCGAUUCCAUGUCCCAACAAGUGCGGUUCACAAAUCCCGCGGGUCAUGAUGACCGAUCAUCUGGCCUUCACCUGCAUUUUGCGUCGUGCCAUCUGCGAGUUUUGCAACGUUGAGUUCACCGGUAUCGGACUGGAGGAGCACGCUGGCACGUGUAGUUCGGAACCGAUUUACUGCGAGUCGAAAUGCGGUGCCCGGGUCGUUCGAGGUCGCAUGACUAUUCAUCGUGCCAAGGAUUGUGGCAAGCGGCUGCGGCGUUGUCCUCACUGUACCAGAGAGUUUAGUGCUGAUACUUUAUCCGCUCAUGGUGCAACGUGUCCACGUAGUCCUGUGCCAUGCCCGCAACGUUGCGAAGCGGGUCCAUUCGCAAGAGCCGAUCUGGAUUCCCAUCUACGUGACGAAUGCAAAGCAUUGUCGGUGCCGUGUACUUUCAAGGAAGCCGGUUGCCGUUUCAAAGGAGCACGCCAUCUGCUAGAGGCUCAUCUAGAGUCUAACACCUCGGCUCAUCUAUCAUUGAUGGUAGCACUAUCUGGUCGCCAGGGUCAGCAGAUCACAAUGUUGAAAAACGCUAUGGCCAAAUUGAGCACCAACUACACAGGCACUCUUCUCUGGAAAAUCACAGACUGGUCGGCGAAAAUGAUUGAAGCCAAAAGCAAGGAUGGUCUGGAACUAGUCUCACCGCCAUUUUACACCAGCCAGUAUGGGUACAAACUUCAAGCAUCAAUGUUUCUCAACGGCAACGGACCCGGUGAAGGGAGUCACGUAUCGGUAUACAUCAAAGUUUUGCCGGGAGAGUACGAUGCUCUUCUCAAGUGGCCUUUCUCCCAUUCAGUCACAUUCACACUCUUCGAACAAGGAACCAUGGGUGGUCAAGGAGGUGUGGCCGAGUCGUUCGUUCCGGAUCCAUCGUGGGAAAAUUUCCAGCGCCCUUCCACUGAACCCGAUGCCUUAGGAUUUGGUUUUCCGCGGUUUGUGUCCCACGAACUGCUCAACCGUAGGCCAUUCGUCCGUGAUGACACCGUGUUUCUGCGUGUCAAAGUGGACCCGAGCAAAAUCGUUGCCGUGUAAUUGCAGACUUAAAUUUAGCCUUCAACGACUGCGAAUAACGAUCAAAAAGACUCCUAGUUUGUAAGCGUAAUACAACAAUAACGAGAGAACAAGGAACUGCAUUUACCUUACUUUUCGCUAAAUGUAAAUAUAGCAAGCGAACCUAACCGUAGGCGAACAGACCCUGUAAAUACCAGCCACAGAAUCAGAGACACGUGACGCUCAUAAACUUAGCGGCUAGUACCAAAUCUGUACACAUCCGAGAGUUCGAUCACGAAAUCAUACGAAUCAGCUUGAAAAUCUCAGUUUUAAUUUACGCAUUUGUUAACUCAAUUUAAUUUUUUCGUUCUUGUUUUUAAGGUCUGUGUAUACAUGCUCAACAUUAUUAUUUGUUCUCGUAGUUUUCUUUACCUCCUUGAACAAAACGAGGAUCGAAACCGAACACGGAAACUACCGCUGGAAUUAUGCCAAAGUUUUGUUUGGAUGGCUUUGCGCAAAGCUGACUUAAGUCUAAGCCAACCCUUUUGGACAGAGACCACUAUAAGUCAUGCAAAGCUCACAUCAUAAUCAAAAAAAGAUACCCCUCUUUGUUAUUUCUUCUGUUAGUUUUCAUCAGUGGAAACUAUGCUGUCAAAAUUUUUAGUUCUAUUAAAAAUUUGUUCUAGUUUUCCCUUAUUCACUCUAAACUAUUUAACACAUAGGUCAGAGGAAGAACUGUAGGUUAUAAGUGAACGUUUCGAGUCAUUAGGGUAAUUCAGGGGUCCUCAGUGCCCUAAGAGUAAGGAGCAAUUGCACUGGAGACAAUAGGGAUUUAUUUCAAAACAUAAUAUUAAGUGUGUAUUUAACCAAUGGUACAUAUAACAUAUUGAUAAUGUCGAAUGAUCAGCACAAAUAUAAAUCAA